GCAACGUACCCUGAACGAGGGGAACGUGAUGCGGCCACGCGAGUGGGCGGCGCGUGUUGCCUUCUCAUGCCCUCUCCGUGGCCGGCGUCGUUGUUGUCUUACAAUAUUCCGCCCUCCAGUCUCUUGAAGGAGAGCCACGCCGACGAAGGGCUAGACCGCUAGGGGAGGGGAGAAGAUCUUCGUCCUCUCGGGCCGCUCCUUGGAGGAAAAGCGUCGUCUCGGCACGCUGUGAUAGUCUUGAGAGAGACGCGGAUACGAUCGGUGCUGCGAAAGCGCGAGCCGUCUUCUUCUUAUCGGGAGCAGUUGCCGUCGACGCGCUGUUGUUCUGUCUCUUCGGCUGUUGUUUCUCGCGAUCGCUAUCACGCGCGUGCCACCGAGCGUACCCUCCAACGGAAAAGACCGGCGCGAUAAGCCAGUGGUCCGCGCAAUCGGCGCGUACAUGUCGAUACGUUGAUACCGCGGUAAGGCGCUUCUCGAAUACGCUUCUUCUCAGUUUCUGUGCUACUUCCGGCCCCCCAGUGGAGAGCGAGCCGUUGUUGUGCCGGACAGCUUUCUAUCUUCGUAGCGACGGCAUGAUACACAAGUCUGGUCUCUUCGCGGUGAUCUUAUGUUUCCUCGCGAGCGGAAGAUUUCGUUGUUGUGCUUCGUGUUUGAUUGUAUUUCGCUCUGUCCUGAACGCACGGGGUGUGCGGGUAGGAACUACUGACUCGUACGAUAACGCCUUUGACGCGUACGUACAUGGACGAUGUUGAAAGAGAGAUCUAGAGGAGCUUGCGAAAAUUUUGGGAGGCGAAAACAUGGUGAAGCAACGUCGUGUCGUGGCUUACUUUAAUGGAGAUCAAGUCACAACUGCUGCAGCUUAGCUGUCGAAAAACUGUUGUUGAGAGAAAGGGAGGAUAUUGCUUGAAUCUGCGAAUUGACGGGCGCAAAGUCAACCAUACCGUUUCCUUCGGUUGUGCCUAAAAAUUUGCGAUACAGCGCGAUACAGCGACGUUAUGAAUAUUAGUGUCCUAUUGCAGUUGUGACUUUUCCUCCGCAGGUGUAACGUAGCAUAGAAAUAUCGUAGGUGCGUGCUCGAUAAUGCGGAAUUACGUCAAUGGUCGUGUGAAUAAAGGAGCGUCCUAUUAAUUGCGACUAAUCGUCGAAGCACAGGAACACGCGAACGCUUUCCAUUAUCCAGUUUUUAAUUAGUCUUCAAUUAACUCGAGGUCCAGGAAAAAGAGACCAGAAUAACAGGAAGGCGGAACCGCGCGACAAUCUGCCAAUUUUGAACACGAUCUGCGUUAAUCCGCUGCCGGACGCGUCGCGACGACGAGCCCGGAACGAAGGAGGAGAUGCACCUCGAGGAUUACCACGGCGAGAGAAGCGAGGAGGACGUACGACGACCGGUGUCAACCGGCCUGGAGCAGGACGACUUCGCGGACGACAGUUCCUCGCAAUUGGUGACGUCGAUGGCGUUGACCACGAUGAGCAUCGGCGUGGGCCAGCCACACUGUUGGGCGACAUCGCAGUCCGACAGCCUUUUCUCCCCGUUGGACUCCGGCGCGGACCCGCGCGAAUAUCUCGACUGGGAUCAAGUGCCCACUAUCUUUCAGUAUCCCUCUCAGUAUCUCUCUACCGGUGACGGAUCACCGGAGAGUACCUGUAGCGAGGCGAUCACGCCGACCUGGAACAAUCCAAUGGCAACGACGGACGAUGGGUCGGAGGACAAGUCAGAAUGCUUGGCUCAGAGGCUACCCUCAGUUGGCUCGGCCUUUUCCUUCUCGCGCACGUUCUGCAACACGGUUUACCCAGAGUAUAGCGUCGAGUCGCAGAGUUAUCAGGACUACCAGGAUUGUCAAGAGGAUGUAGUGUCGUUGCUGAUGAGCAUGCAGAAUGACAACGUUCCAGGGCACUACGGUUCCUCGUCCGCGCAGACGUCCGUCGGCGAUGAGUUCGACCUAAGUCUGAUAAGAGGCGAUCCGACUUCGCUGCUGAGCGGCGUGGUGGAUUCGCCCUCGUCGCCGCCGUCUUGCCUCACCGACGACCUUCACCAGGAAUCAUUCCAGAACUUCAACGGCCAAUAUUAUGCGGUCGGACAUCUCGUUUCGUCGCAACAGCAGCAGUCUACGCUGUCGACGAUCAAUUUCGCCGGCGAGGUCGGCGGCUCCACAGAGAAUUUCGGCAACCAAGUGAUAUUGCCGCGCAGCGAGGGUCUGCUGCUUGGAAACCGACGCGUCGCCGCGUCUGUAGAGAAUGAAAAAAACAAUAAGUCAUAUGAUUGCACAAAACCUGUGGAAGACAACUUCGGAUCGACUUACCUGUGUCGCUGGAUCGACUGCGGCUGUGCGUUCACCGAGCAGGAAGGUCUAGUGCGGCAUAUUGAGAGGCGACACGUGGAGUCGUCCUCGGGGAAUACGCACGGCCACGGCAGACGGAUGCAGCGGGACCGAGACAAGGAGCAGCGAGAAGCUAAAGAAGCAGGAGAAGGUUUCCCGACGGCAUCGGCGAGUCGCGAGGACGAGUUCGCCUGCUUGUGGCAAGGAUGCUUGCGCGCGCGACCCUUUAAUGCGAGAUACAAGCUGCUCAUUCACAUGCGAGUACAUACCCACGAGAAGCCGAAUAAAUGUACGUUCCCGGGCUGCAAGAAAGCCUUUAGCCGCUUGGAGAACUUGAAGAUUCACCAACGAUCGCACACGGGCGAACGACCUUACGCAUGUCAACACAACGGUUGCUCGAAAGCAUUUAGUAAUAGCAGCGAUCGGGCCAAACAUCAAAGAACGCACUAUGAUAGAAAGCCAUACGCUUGUCAGGUGAGCGGCUGCGGCAAGCGUUAUACGGAUCCAUCGAGUCUCAGAAAGCAUCUGAAGAAUCAUUCAGAAAACUCCAGUACAUUAUCUAGUUUGUUGUCGCCGUCGGAUAAAAUUCCCAUGUCAGUCGCCACAAACAAUGCAACAGCGCAUGGAUUAAAUCCAACGAUUCCGCGUCGGCAGAGCCAAGACGUGAAAACGAACCAUCCGCCUUACGAGUUGUCUAAAACAUAUGUGAAGGAGGAAGACACAUUGUCCAACGACACGCACCAGGCGACCAGAAUUCCCAUGAACUUCGACAACAAUCAACAAGAAUACGUGCCGAUUGAGUCGGUGUGUCAUCUUCUCAUCAACGACGUCCACAACGUGCACAACGAAAGUACAGGGUAUUGCGCGCCCGCGGAGGACGACGUGCCGGAUUUCCACGAGCUCGGCGCCGACAUCGAGCGGCAGUUCCACGAGCUGAGCGCCCUGGACGACGCUAUUUUCAUCGACGGAUAAUUUCCCUCAGCGGGAGAACCGCUUUUUCUCGCUCUUUCAUGGAGGCGAAGCCGAAGGGGCGAAGGGGGACACUCCUCUCAUCCUACCGUCGUGAUCUCAUUGUCGGCGCGACGCGCUGCGUUUCCAAAGACUCGUUUGUUUUCUUUAUUUUUUUUUCUUCUCUCUUUUAUACGAACAUUUUUAUACUUAUUAGUAUCGUUGUAUUUGACAAAUCAUAUAUAUUUUUGUACAUAGGCACAUAUGAAUAUUAUGAUAAGCAAACAAUAUAUCGUUUAUUUAGACCGCGA